AUGAAACGUUUCAGAUACGAGAUCAUUGGUAUAUCCGAAGUCCGCUGGACAGGAAAAGGCGAAACGCCAAGCGGUGACCUCAUUUGGUCGGGAGAGGAAAGAACACAUACGAGGGGUGUGGGCUUCCUCCUCAGUAAACAAGCAAAAAAGGCAUUGAUAGGAUACAACCCAAUCAACUCCUGGAUAAUAACGGCGAGAUUCAAUGCAUCUCCGUUUAAGAUGACAGUGAUGCACGUGUACGCACCUACUUCCACAUUUUCCGAGGAAGACAUCGAGGCAUUCUACAACGACAUCGAUGAGGUGCUCUCGAAGACAGAUAAAAGGGACGUCAUCAUUCUGACAGGCGAUUGGAAUGCAAAAAUUGGUAGCGAUAACAGCGAUUGGAAACCUGUAAUGGGGCGAUACGGAUACAGCGACAGAAACGAACGCGGAGAACGCCUUCUAGAAUUCGCUACAGCGCAUAAUCUCUACGUAUGCAACUCGAGAUUCCAAAAUAAAUCGGAUCGGAAGUGGACCUGGGCUUCCCCAGGUGGUGUGCAACGUCAGACUGCGAUUCAAGAAAUUGAAAAGCGAAGCACAACAGUGCCGCGGAGUUGA